ACAAAUAAAUGGCUGUAAAGCCGAAUUAUGUGUUGAAUAUUUUAAGUUUUUAAACGGAUUUUAUGAAAGGAUACGCCUGCUAUUCUACAUUCAUCAAGCACAGUGUUACACAAAACUAAAUGAUCUUGUAAUAGAAAGCUACGUUUUGAAAAAGCUAAAAUAUUUGUUGAUAACAAGAAAAUGGCAACUGGAGGACUUCAUGUACAUACGUCAGAUGAAAUAUUUGAUUUCACAUGUUCACCUUGUGCGGAACAGAACAAAAAUAGGGAAGCUGUAAGAUAUUGUGUGGAAUGUCAGGAUUAUUACUGUCAAUCAUGUACGGACAUGCACAAGAUGUUUCCCGCUAUGAGAGGACAUAAACUCCUCAACAGAGCCGAUUUUAGCUCGUCAAGUCAUCAGCAAAAUUUGCCGCAGGUGCCGACGGAAAGAUGUUACAAUCAUAAGACAAAGCUAAUAGACAUGUAUUGUCGGGACCAUGAUGAAGUCUGUUGUACAUCAUGUGUAGCUGAAAAUCACAGGUCAUGUGAUUCAGUAACAAGUAUAACAGACGUCAUUAAAAAGAGCGGAGCGAGCAAAGAAACAGAUGUACUGAUCCAAGAACUUAACCGCCUGAUUAAUGUCUGCUUAGAAAUCAAAACGAAAAAAGACACAGAUAUCUCAGAAAUAGAUUUAGCAAAGGAAAGGGCCCUUGAAGAAAUGAAAAAGCAGAGAAAGGAGCUAGAUAUUCUUCUUGAUGAACUUGAAAAUGCUUCAAAACAGAAAAUUGAAAAUGAACACAAGAAGCUUUGGGGUGAAUCUGAAGAAGAAAAGCAGAAAAUAACAGAAUAUGAAAGCAGACUGCAGAAACGUGUUUCCGCUCUGCAAGCGUCGGGAAGUAACGAAGCACAGCGAUUUGUUUCUGGGAAACUCGGACACAAAGAUCUCGUAGACAUAUCUAAAGAUGCAUACACGUUUACAAGAGAAAACAAAACAUCAUUUGCAUUUCAUGGUGAUCCAAAACUUGUUCAAUUCUUUUCAGAGAUGGAGUCACUGGGAGAGGUCAAAAGACAUGUUAAAAGCUGCACCAUCCCUGUACAGUCACUUUAUCGAAUAAAAAGGACGCGUGAGCAAAAUAUAAAUAUUCCGAGUGACAAACGUGCAUGUGACAUUUGGUCCUGUUGUUUUGAUGAUAAUGGAAACUUGCUUCUGACUGAUUACAAUAACAGUUCCCUAAAACGAGUUAACUUACAAACAGAAUCGGUCGCUGACAACUGUAGUAUGCCUGACCGUCCAAGAGCAGUAUGUUGUGUUAACAAGGAAGAAGCUGCUGUAAGUCUUGUCAACAGAAGUAUCCAGUUUAUCUCCCUUCGUGAUCAGAUGAAGAUUAUACGACAGGUUAAACUGAACAAUUCAUGCUGGGGCAUUUCCUGUAAUGAAGGAAGUAUGUAUAUCACUGAUGAACGCAAAACACUGUAUAUGUAUAACUUAUCUGGAAAACUCAUCAGAGUUGUUAACCAUGAUAAUAAAGGGAACGAUAUAUUUCAUAACAACAGACAUGUCACUUUCGAUAGAUACAGCGGAAAAGUGUACGUUUCUGAUAUUUUGAACGGACUACUUUCUUUCAAUAAGGAAGGUACAUAUAUCUCAAGCUUCACUGACAGAAUACUUAGUUCACCACAAGGGGCAUGUUCUGAUGGAGGAGGAAAUAUGUUUGUUUGCGGAUGGGGUUCAAGCAACGUGAUUCAGAUUGGAACAGACGGUAAGUUGCUUGGCGAGGUUGUAGGAAAUUCGUACGGGUUGGAUUGUAUUUGGUCAGUAUGCUUUGAUGAACGUCAGAAACGACUAGUCGUUACCAUCAGCAACAGCGACAAGAUUCACAUAUUUGAUCUAGCCUGAGGUCAGAAAUAUAUCCCAUUAACAAUCAUCGGUGUCUUAUUCAUUUUGUGUAUUACUAGAUUUGCUUCAGGAUAAAGGUGAGAAGGAGAUUAUAUCAGUGUGGACACGUAAGUCUGAUAUACCAUAAUAUUGAUGAACUGUGACUUUU